AGUGAUGCUUUGCAAUGAGUUAUGUGUGAAAAAAAUCCAUAUUGCUUAUGGGAUAGGAGGAUGUUGGGUUAAGAAUUGUGUAGUGUGUGUGUGUGGUCAAAAACAAUAUGUUCAACAGGAAGAAGGAGGGGCAGGGAAACUGGUGAUGUCAGCAGAAGAGAAGGGAGGACCGCCUUGCCUUUUCCUUUUUCCUCCUCCUCCACCCCCCUCCCCUGCCCCCCCCUCUUCUUAUCAGCGCGAUAGAGCGAAAGCGAGAGAGGGGAUCAGUAGGAACGUGGACGAAGCAUUAACAACUGUGACAGUGGAGAUGGGGAAAGAGAAAAAUAGUAACAGGUCAGAAAAGAGAGACUAAAAGAAAAGACAGACAUAGUUAUUGACACUGUCCAACAAAUUCAGAGAAACAGAUGCCACAAAGAGAGAGAGAGUAAAAGAGAAAGGAAAGCAAGAGAUCAGAAAGUAUACCAACUAAGAGCCAGUCCUCUUGGAGUGAGGACCGAGUACUUGUUUCUGGAAUUGGGUGGACCCAUCAUAAGGAGGACUCGACAUCAACCAACACAGCUACAAUGUACAGUGGAUAUGGAGGGAGUCCGUCCCGAACACUCUCCACUAUGUCGCUGUCCGUUCGCCCAGUCAGACGCAUCACCUCCAGAUCCAUCACUAGGAGCCAGAGUUUCACUGGAGUCAACACCUACGACAAGUCCUACAGGAACCUCUCAGUGUUCAGCACUCCACGUCUCAGCAGGAAGCCCAGCAGAGCCAGCAGGAUGUUUACUAUGUCCACCAAGUCCAACCCGCCACCUAAAGUUCCCCAACCAGAGCGACUGGAUCAGGUCUAUGAGGCACUGAAAAAAGGCCUUCAGUCUUACCUGCAGGUUCAUCAAAUGGACUUGGACAGCCUCAGCAGACAGAUGAAAGAAUCAAAGAGGAAUUCCAGACUGGGUUUCCUGUAUGAACUAGACAAGCAGGUGAAGGUGACUGAGCGGUAUAUAAGACGACUGGAGUUUCACCUCAGCAAGAUUGAGGAGCUCUAUGAAGCCUACUGCCUGCAGAGGAGACUCAGGGAUGGAGCCAACAAGAUGGUGAAGGCAUACACUGCUUCUCCAGGCAGCAAGGAGGCCAGGGAGAGUUUAACAGAAGCCAAUAAAGGAUACAAAGAAUACACAGAGAACAUGUGUGUGUUGGAGAGUGAGAUGGAGAACCAGCUGGGGGAGUUCCACAUUAAGAUGAAAGGUCUGGCUGGAUUUGCUAGAUUGUGUGCUGGUGACCAGUAUGAGAUCUUUAUGAAGUACGGUCGGCAGCGGUGGAAGCUGCGAGGCAGAAUCGAGAUCAAUGCCAAACAGGUGUGGGACAGCGAGGAGAUGGUGUUUCUGCCACUCAUCAAUGAGUUCCUCUCUGUGAAGGUGACAGAACUGAAGAGCUUAGCCAAUCACGUGGUUGUAGGGAGUGUUUCCUGUGAGACCAAGGACCUGUUUGCUGCACUGCCCCAGACGGUUGCCGUGGAUAUUAAUGACCUUGGGACUAUUAAAUUGAGCCUCGAAGUAACCUGGAAUCCAUUUGAUAAAGAUGACCAGGGGUCAGUAGCGAGCACAGUCAACAAAGCCCCAACUGUCAGUAAGAGAUUCUCAACAAUCUUCAACCAGAGUCCACCUGACACGCCGUCUCUACGUGAACAAGCCUUCUAUAACAUGCUGCGCCGUCAUGAGGAGCUGGAGAAUGGAACAGCUUGGUCUAACUCAUCUGAGUCUUCUGAUGACUCCUCUAGUCCUCAGCUGUCUGCAGGAGUGCUACGCAACUCCACACAACAUAAGGCAGUGGUGGUGACUCCAGAGAUCCAGCCAGCUGUAACAGGAAGUUCCUCCCCACAACCUGAAAUCUCAUUCUGCCCCAGAGACUCCUCCUCCUCAACUCCAAACUCCACCCACAAAGUCAGUGCCAUCAGCGAGUUUCCCAACACACCCAAACACCAGGCAGAGAGCAACAGGGAAGAGGAGAAGGGGACAGUGACUGUGGUGACAAAACCCGACAGUGAGGAAGACAAUGCAAGGCAACAGUCUCCCAUAGCAGCAGUGGAUGGCGUUGUGUGGAACAGCCACACCUCAUGCAGCUACUUGAGAUCUCUGAGCCACAUCAGUGAAAGCAGCGCUGACGGCAUUGUGGUGACUGACAGGUCAGGCGGCGAAUCAGGGGAGGUGAUGUCUCUGGCCUCCGGGAUCUCCAUCAACGACAUUGAAAUGGAGAUGCCCAGCAGAACUCCUGAGCCGCCCGGCUCUGCUGCCACAGACACUGAUGCGUCACCAAAGAGACUCGGAGUCACUGAAGAAAAUGCUGAUGCUGUCACAGAUCAACAACCAAUCAGGGUGCAACAGGAUACAUCCAGCUCUUUCCUCACACCCUCCUCCCCCAGGACUGAAGGGACGGACUCUAACGCUCCAUCACACCUGGAGCUCGACAUCCUUCCAGAGAGCGGGGAUGUGACGUAUGUGGCCCGAUGGGUGCCGGUGGAGGAGGAGCUUCCAGGUGCAGCUGCAGACGGUCUGUCCAGAGAGGAUGAUGGUCCAGUGGACUGCGGGCUGGAGGAUGCCCUGGGAGCUGUAGUUUCCUCUCUGGAUGAUUAUAGGGGACAGUUCCCUGAGUUACAGCUGCUGGAACAUGAGCUGAAGCUGCUGCAGGUUACACUGAAGGGUGGCAGGCACAGCCGUUCGCCCAGCGUGGUCAGCCUCACCGUGGAAACAGCUCUGGGCAGCUUUGAUUUCCUCGACACGUCUGACUGGGAGGAUGAGGACGAAAAGGGAGACAAGAGGAACAGAAAAGGCCGGUCUCUGCAGGACAGAGGCUGGUACAGCCCCUCCUCUCCCACCUCCCCCCUCACCACAGGCUGCACCACUCUAGACUGCGCCCUGGUGGUCCACCUGAAGAACUGCAGUGCACAGUUGCUGCGUCUGGGUAUGUUUGGUCCUCUACGGUGUGGAGAGAUGUACGCCUUGGACAGACUGCUGAGAGAGGCCAGGGUGCUGGAAAUCAUCCGACGCAUCACCAAGGACAACCCAAGACGCCUCAGACAACCUGCUGAAGUGGUACCUCAGCUGGGCAUGUGCCUGGGUGCCGAGUCACUAUGGCAACACAGUGUGGGGAAGGGCAGUGUGUACAGCAUCUCUGCUGAGAGCUUCCUGGUUACGCUGUCUACAGCCUACUCCAGCAUACUGCCCGAGAGGGUGAACAGCAUGGCAGACACAGUGUUCUUAUGUCUUGUUGAGCGAGUGCUGGAUCAGAGGUUACCACGGCGAGGCAGCAACAGAGACACAGUGACCGUGACGCUGUUCCAGCUGUGGAGUUACUUAGACGCCAACAGCAUCAGUGACAUGGAAACACACAUCACGGAACUGGCAGAAGAGGUGUGGCUGGUGCAGAGGCUGGCAUCAUGUGACCAGGAAGUGAUCGUCCACACGCUGCGGCGUCCUGCAGAGUGCAGCCUGAGAAGAGAGGGACUUCAUGCUGUGGCUAAAUUACUAAAAGACCCUCGAGGCAAAGUAUCAGCCUCUGCCAGCUCUGUGCUGAGGAGCCUGGCUGCUCAGCCCCGGCAGAGAGAGCAGGCUUUGGUUAGCUGUCUGGAGCUUCUGGAGGACCAGAGUGUGGACACCAGAGUCUGUGGAUGCAAGGCCUUGGCUUGUCUCAAGGCUAAAGAAAGUAUUGACCAGCUAGUGUAUCUCUGUCGGACGGACAAGGAGGAGGUCCGCGAUGCUGCCAAACAAGCUCUGCUCGUGCUCGGGGAGGAGGGGAAGAUGGCCCACAGACAUGUGGAGACGUCUCAGGACAGCAUACCAAGACUCUUCGCUCCAGGAAGCAUGGCCAGCACAGCUUUCUAACCACACAUUUACACACACACACACACACACACACACACACACACACACAAACACACACACAUACACACACACACACACACACACACACACACACAAACCAGAAGGUCAGCCAGACAAUACGAAUACUGUGUAUUGUGCAGUGCUUUGACACAGUAUGCUGUUCUAUUAUAUAUACUGAAACAUGCAAAGACAAAUAUGAUCUAUGAUACACAUUAUAUACACUGUCAGAGAGCUUACAUUGAUAUUCACAUGGAGGACAGACCUCUGCUUAACACUGGGCAAACAUUUAAAAUCAGUAAGCUACAAAUAGACCAGUUCAUGUGAUAACUACUCCUAGAAUAUCAGCUGGUAAAGAUGCUGGAAAGAAUGUAUAAUGUGAGCAGGCUGGAAUGGAAGGAUGGAUAAAGAGAGGAAUUGACAGAUGGAUACUGAAGGAAGAAGAUGUUGAGGAGUUAAGAGGACAGGGAGGAGCAUGUCUAUAUACAAGUCAGAUGACUGAACUCCUGUUCAUCGCAGUUAUGUCCUUCCAUGGCCCAGACACAAAUAUUUUAUGUUAAAAUAAGUUAAGAAAAGUCUAGAAAGCUGUUUAAAGGCACUUUUCUUGGCCUACUAAAUGCCAAAAAAUGUACAAAAGGUUAAGUGUCUUAUGAUUUCUGAUAUCAAAGUUUUAUUAUUUCACUCUCUGUGUUUUGACUGGUCACAUGUUGAACCAGUUGACAUGCUACAGAAUAAUACGACCCCAAGCUCCAGCUCCUUUUCUUUAUGGACACUGCUGUCUCUGGUUCAGGCUUAAAGGCUGUUUGAUCAGUCCUGUUCCAGAUGGACGACUGGUUCUGUGACAUGUUGGCAAACUCAACAUUAAUGACACUAAAUGGCUUUUCUCAUACAGCUCUGUCUGCACUGUAGCCACUGGUUCUACUUAUGCUUGUUGAUUGCAGUUUUUGCCAGAUGGCUGUGGUUCCCUGUCUGCAGGAGUUGCACCAAGGCUGUAGUCCAGAUCACUGUUAGAGUCCACAUCUGACUGGUUCUCAGACCUAGUCGAGUGAGUGAGUCCCUAUGAAACCUAAUUUAGACAGAGACCAACUAAAUAUCAAAUAGUAUUUGAUGAAGAAUAUCCCUCCACUGUGUUAUAAGCUAACUAUGAAAGUGUGAUGUCUGUCACUGCACAGCCACACAACUGAGAGGUAACUGAAAGCGUUGUGACCAGACUCGAGAGCAGACUACAGCCCUGACUAUGCAACACUGUGAAAUGCACUCACAAGCUGAGACUGUAGAGGAAGUUGUCACAGAAACAGUGACUGACUCACUGACAUGGGAAAAAUAUUGGUUUGUGCUCAAAACACAGACGUUCUGAAAUUAUUGAUCUUGUUCAUAUGAAUUUCUUUUUCACUGCAGGAACAAGCAGAAGAUUAUUGAGACUGUGAACUCAUUAAGAUCCACAGAAACAUCAGCCUGAAAUAUUGGACAGGUUCAGAUUCUUUCUUUUAUUAUACUAAAGUCUACUUAUUGGUUGCUGUAUUUGUUGCUCCCGUCUGUUAUGGCUCUGACCUUCGUAGCAUGAUUGCACUCACUCACCAAGAGAACAAUGCGUCGUCCGGCUACUUCUCAAGGCAAAAGUGUCGACAGUGAAAAGCCUGUUCUCUUAGCAGCUUCCUCGCUGCAUCCCUCUGCCUGACCUGCCCUGACCUCUCCAACAGGCGUGUGUGUUUUGUGUGUGACAGAGGAAGUUGGACAGAAUGUUAAAACCCUGCUGAGGAGGUUUCUAUGGAAUAUCUCUUUAUCUUGAGAUAACAAAACAUUGUUUUCUGCUGAUAAUAUCUCAUUAUCUUGGCAUAAUGAGCUUUGUUAUCUGGAGAUAACGGGAUAAAAAAAUAUUUGCGAGUAUAGCCUUUCUCGACUUCCGUAGGUUUCAGGAGGUUUCAGGUGCUGUAAGAGCGACAUACUGAGGCCUCAAGAGAUGUGAUACAAAUCCCCGUGUCCUGCUGAAGUGAAUAUGAGGCUUCAGUAGGCUGCCCUCUGGAGGCACAGCAAAGACACGUGUUUGUUCCUGCAUUGAAAAAGAAAGAUAAAAAUGAAAAACUACAUCUUGAAGAUCUUUAUUUUUGAGUGCAAACCAGGACUUGUUUCCAUUGAGCUGAACUUCAUGCAUGUUGAAUCACAUGCAUGAGCAUUAAAAUUUUGAUUUAGAGGAUGACUUUAGAGUGUCCUGUGGGUCAUAGGACUGUGUCAGAAGAGAGCCACACCCUGGGAAGCAAAGAAAUGAAUGAGAUUUUUAUUGGAUUGUAUUGGUUGAUUUGAUGAGAAAGGACAGGGUGUAUGUUCUUUUAUAUUCUUCCUGGAUCUUUCAGUGGAGCUGGAAUCCUUUAGCCAAAUGUAUUAUGAAGCUGCUGGUGACGGUUGAGCAGGUAGGGCUUCACUGUGAUUCUCAUGGUGACGUGUUGUUGCUCAUGCAGGGAGGGAACCCUGGGUGCAGUAGAUACAGCAGCUCAAACAGCUGCAGUCAGUAGCCACUAAUGCCACUGGCUUAUUAACUGUGAAUCCUCUUCCAGUUCAAAAGAUAAAAAUGAAAGCUUUUCAUUCUCUGUCUUGCAGCCUUCAUGUUUCAUGUUGUCGACACACUGGCAACAGGUUAAAAAGAGAAGAAGUCACACUGUAUUUCUGGAUAAAGACUGAGACUCUAGAUACUGGAUAAGUUGCUUCUGCAUAGAGACUGGUUUAAGCAAUUCAGUGCCAUCACUCUUUAUAAUAUGACAUAUCUAACUCUUAAUGGAAAUACAUAUAUGAUUGUAAAUUGUUUUUAUCUAGCAGAGUCGUUGUUUGUAAAUGUAUACUUUGUUUUAUGAAAUGCAUUUUUACUGUCGAAAAUUAUUCUCAUUCAUUCAACAAUCAGUUUGAACUGAUUCAUUGAAUGACACUAAUCUGCUGUUAGUGGAGGUGGAGUCACUGAAAGGUUGUAUUACUGUCACAGACUGCUGUGGAGGAGCAGACAGACGGAUCACGCGGAGACGGACUGGUCCAUGCAGGUCUGGGACCGGGUCAAAUUCAGAUCAUUAAAAGUUGAACCUCUUACAGUGAAUCAUUGAAGAUCUCUGGCUUUUAGAAAGCAUAAGAAUUUCUAUCUGUCUGUCCAUUUGUAUCCUUCAACACUUGAUCAGGAAUAACUAAAACAUAACUGGGUUUCAAUUCUGGCCCCAGACAUGGGCUCAUGAAUUAUUAGAUGUCUGGUCUUACCACUGUUUCUGCAGGUUAAUGCCAUUUACUACAAAUAACAACUCUAAUCUUUACAGUGCUACUGAUUAUUUUCCAAAGUAGGCACACUGCAUUCACCAAAGAAAAACACUGAAGACCUUAUUAUUGACCUCACAGUCAGUAAUUUAUAAUUAUGACUCAGUAAUUCAUAAUUACACGAUGUGUGUCUAUUAUGACAAUUGAUAUUAUAUAUAUCCAUCUAUUAUGAGAUGAUGACCUUUUAAUUACAAGACACUUUCCUCAUAACUUUAAAAUAUGAUCCCACUGUUUUGUGAGUCUGAGUUACAGAGUAAUUUUUUGGGAUAACUGGUCUCCAUUUAUUUAAGCACAGUAUCAUCACAAUACACAUCAUGUGUACAACAAUAAUGUGACUAAAUGUAAACACAGAGCUGAUGGUAACUGUGCUGUGAGGGAUUUACCACACUCAAGCGAGCUUCACCUGUUUGUAACUUCACAUUGUGAGUGAACACAUUCAAAAAUGUAAAGCAGCAUUGCAAGCAUGAAGUCAAGAAUGUGGUUUUUAGUAAAUGGGUAAAAAAGAUGCAAAAACACUGGUAUCAUUCUUUGAACAGUGGUAAUAUUUCUUGGUAAUAUUUCUAUUUGUGACUAAAGUCACCCAAAGCUUUCCUCAAUGUGUGAAACUCAGUUACCCACACUGAGUUUUGACCAAUAGCAGUGGAAAUGCCAAAGUGUCCAUCCCCAGUGACUUCAGUCCUCCCUGCUUCAUUAAUUUCAUCGUGACUCUGCUGACAGUGAUGCUGCCACUCUGCCUUUUUCAUUUCCUGAGCACCAUGACUUGUGGGUCAUCUCAGUCUGAUGACUGAUGAGAGUUUAUCAUUAGUAUAUUUAUAAUAUAUAGUUGUGUGGCAGGUUGCAUACUCUAUAUUAGGUCUAUGAUGUAUUAAUGUUGCCUCUGCACUGUUCUGGCAGUAGAAAAAUAGAAUUACUGCCGUGCGGUUGUUUGCCAACCAAUCAAACUGCAGGAAAUACGGUCACAACCUUCUGUUCCAUUCCUGAGUUACAGUGUUGAUUAAUGGCCAGAAAAGUGUUUUUGCAGAAGAUUAUGAUGUCUCAGUGAAGUUGACCUUUGACCUUUUGGAUAUAAAAUGUCAUAACUUCAUCAUUUUAUUCUUUUAGACUUUUGUGUUAAAUUGUGUCAUGAUUAGUGUAUGAAUUCUGGAAUUAUCGCCAAAACAUUUUCUAUGAGGUCACAAUGACUUGACCUUUGCCCUUUGACUACUAAAGUCUAAUCAGUUGAUCCCUGAGUGUGAAUGAACCAAAUUUGAAGAAAUUCCCUCAGGGCAUUACUGAGACAUCAUGUUCAUGAGAAUGAGACAGACAGACGAACGGGCAACCUGAAAACAUAAUGCCUCCUCCUCUAUCGCCAGUGCAGAGGCAUAAAACCAGAAGAAGAAAUUUGUGGUAACAGGAAAUGAUAUGUGAUUCCUAGCAGUGCUAGCGACGGGGCUCUAGUUAAAUCCACCACUUUGAUCCAGAUUAACUAAGAUCAAGAAAUAAUUGAUGGAUCUGUAAAAUUUAGUUCAGACACUCAUGUCCCCUUCAGGAUGAAUUGACAGACAUCUUUUUUAGUGCCAUCAUCAGGUCAAAAUCUCAGUUUGUCCAACUGGUUUAAGACCAAAUUGCUGCAAAGCUAAAGACAUUCCCAUCAGCCUUAGCUGUACUUUAUGUUUAGUAAAUGUUAGCAUGCUACCAUGCUAAAGUAAUUUGGUGAACAUUAUACUAACUAAACAUCAACAUGUUAGCAUGCUGGUGUUAGCAUUUAGCUCAAAGCCCCACUGUGCCUAUGUAGAGCCUCACACAGCCGCUAGCCUGGCUUUAGACACCAUUUUUAGCCUGCCCUUCGGGUUGUCUGUUCGUCCCAUUCUCGUGGACAUGAUAUCUCAGUAACGCCUUGACAAAUUUGGCACAAAUAUUCACUAGGACUCAAGGAUGAACUGAUUAGAUUUUGGUGGUCAAAGGUCAAGGUCAGGGUCAGUGUGACCUCACAAAACAUUUUUAGACUUCACAGCAAAUAUAACAAAAUUUCACACAAAUGGUUCAUAUUUUAUAUGAAUCUGGAUAAACAGGGAUGUAAUCUGAAACUAGUCUGAAUGGAGGAGGGAUAAAACCGCAAGACGGUUGUGUCCACCAACAUCACACACAAAUGUUGCAGUUUUAGUCUGACCGCUGUCAUUUACCUCACUGUAUGAUUUUUACUCAGUAUGUGAACAUGCUACACGCCCAGAACAGUGGUUAGAGUUAGAGUAUGCAAAUGUGACACAGCUUUUGUCUUCAAGUGUAAGGGUUCAGGUUCCUAAUGUACAAUGUGCCAACCCUGUUUAUUCCCUUAGACUGAGUUUGAUGUUAUCAGCAACACUUAAGUGUGAAGAGAAUGUAUUUCAUGAAGACUGUUAUGAGAAAGAAAUCUGCAGUAGCUGUGCUUGUAAGCAUGAAUCUUUACAGAGGAUUAGUCUUUAAAAUAUCACUUCUAAGAUUAAAGUCAGACUAAUGUCAGAAAUAGAAUUUAAAUAAUCAGAAUUUGGCCAGAAAACUAAAUCCUGAAAAUAAAAUCAGAAAUCUGACAUUAAAGAAAUCUGACUUUUUUUCUCCAUGAACUCUGAGCUUAAUCUCAGAACAGAAAUAUUUUUUUCUCAUAACCCCAAUGCUCUUUUAUGUAUCACAGGUGUAUAUUUAUUGAAAGCAAUGAUGCUUUUUUGAUGUACUGUGAGACUGUCAGAUAUUAUUUUCAGCUGUUAGAGGGAGGGCUGAUCAGACAACGAGCUGGUUGUGUGUUGUGUUCAGUUUGAAUGUUUACUUCUUUAAUACAGCAUAUUAUAAGUGACAGGCUGCAGUGUCACUAGAAUCACAAUAUAGGACUGAUGUUGUGUGUGUGUGUGUGGGGGGGGGUCUCACUGUUUGUAAAUAUGAUGGCUAUCACUGUAUGCAAUGUAUUUACCACAAUAAGUUUCUAUAGGACAGCAGCAAUCUGCAGCUAUACCUCUGCAUCCAUAAAGCAUCUCACAGUGUUUAAGUGCCUCAAGGUUUGAUAGGAACAGAGAUGCAACAAGACAUAGAUGAGAUACUUUAUUUAAGAAUGAAGAAAGUGUGAAGCAGUGGAAAACCACUGUAGCACAUUAUAUUUUUAUUCCAUAAGCUUGAUAAUUUGUGCAGCAUUGGACACAAAAUGUUUUAUUCUUUUUUUUCUUUUCUAAAAUAUAUUUCCAGGUAUUCUGGUGUCAAAUAUAUACAAACUAUUAAAAAUGUGUGUAAAAAUCUCA